UGUCUUCAGCUCAGGAGUGGAUUUUUCAUGUCUGCUUCGUGGAGUGAGUCUCUUCACCAGUGUUGAAGCUUCACCACCUUUGUGGAAGAAGGAUCUCGCAGAAUGGCGUUAAACCUCACCAUCAACUCAAACAACCCACCUCUAGGAGCCCUCCUGGCUGCAGAGCAUGUGAAGAGCACUGUGCAGGUGUCUGUGGAGGAAGCUAAAGAUAACCGUCUUCACAUCUCAGAUUCCAUCCAGUUCAACGAUGCCAAUGCCAUCAGUCGCUAUCUGGCACGGGUGGCUCCUGCUCUUGGCCUCUAUGGAGCUAACAUGAUGGAGCAGACUGAGGUUGACCACUGGCUGGAGUUCAGCGCCCGGCGUCUGUGUGAUCAGCCCGGUCUGACUGUGGCGCUGGGUGAACUGGACAAGGUCCUGUCUCUACGCACCUUCCUUGUAGGACAUGCCAUCACCCUGGCUGACCUGUCUGUCUGGGCUGCCCUCAAAGGUCAUGAUGAAUGGCCAAGCCAGAGCAAAUCCUUCUCCCACGUCAGCCGCUGGUUCUUCUUCCUUAGCUCACAGGUUCCCUUCACUGCUGUGUGUAACAAGUACGCCAGCAAGAGAGCUCCACUCAACAAAUCCAAUUCGGACGACAAGAAGAAGGAUGUCGGGAAGUUUGUGGAAUUGCCAGGGGCUGAGAUGGGCAAGGUAGUGGUUCGAUUCCCUCCCGAGGCCAGCGGAUACCUGCACAUCGGUCACGCCAAAGCUGCCCUCCUCAACCAGCACUACCAAGUCUCAUUUAAAGGAAAGCUCAUCAUGCGUUUUGAUGACACCAACCCUGAGAAGGAGAAGGAGGACUUUGAGAAGGUGAUCCUGGAAGAUGUCGCCAUGCUCCAGAUUCAUCCGGACCAGUUCACCUACACCAGCGACCAUUUUCCCAUCAUAAUGAAAUUUGCAGAGAAGCUUCUUUCUGAGGGCAAGGCCUACAUCGACAACACCCCUCCUGAGCAGAUGAAGCAGGAGAGGGAGCAGCGCCUUGAGUCCAAGUGCAGAAGCAACACUGUGGAGCAGAACAUGAAGAUGUGGGAGGAGAUGAAAGCAGGGACGGAGUUAGGUCAGAGCUGCUGCAUGAGGGCCAAGAUGGAUAUGAGCUCCAACAACGGCUGCAUGAGAGACCCCACCCUCUACCGCUGCAAGAACACUCCCCACCCUCGCACCGGAAGCACCUACAAAGUCUACCCAACGUAUGACUUUGCCUGCCCCAUCGUGGACAGUUUGGAGGGUGUCACCCAUGCUCUUAGGACCACCGAGUACCACGAUCGUGACGACCAGUUCUACUGGAUAAUCGAUGCUCUGGGCCUCAGAAAGCCCUACAUCUGGGAGUAUGCCAGACUUAACCUCAACAACACAGUGCUGUCCAAGAGGAAGCUCACCUGGUUCGUCGACCAGGGAUACGUCGACGGGUGGGAUGACCCGCGCUUCCCCACUGUCAGAGGAGUCCUGAGGAGAGGAAUGACUGUGGAGGGACUGAAACAGUUCAUAGCAGCCCAGGGUGGAUCAAGAUCAGUGGUGAACAUGGAGUGGGACAAGAUCUGGGCCUUCAAUAAGAAGCUGCCAGUUAGCUGUCUGAAGGUCAUUGACCCUGUAGCUCCCAGGUACACAGCUCUGUCCAGCUCCUACGUGGUUCCAGUGUCCAUCCCAGAGGCUGCUGAAGAGAUGAAAGAAGUGGCCAAACAUCCCAAGAACGCAGAUGUCGGGAUGAAGGAGGUCUGGUAUGGACCUAGAGUUCUGGUUGAAGGAGCCGACGCCGAGACCUUCACGGAGGGAGAAGUGGUCACCUUCAUCAACUGGGGAAACCUCAUCAUCACCAAGAUCAACAAAGGGCCUGACGGUAAGGUUGUGUCCAUGGAAGCUCGUCUGAACUUGGAGAACAAAGACUUCAAGAAGACGACCAAGAUCACCUGGCUGACCGACACAACCAGCGCCCCGCUGCUGCCCACCAUCUGCAUCAACUACCAGCCGCUCAUCUCUAAAGCCGUCAUCACCAAAGACGACGACUUCAAGGAAUACAUCAACAAAAACAGCAAGUUAGAGGAGAAGAUGCUUGGCGAUCCCUGUCUGAAGAACCUGAAGAAAGGGGACAUCCUCCAGCUUCAGAGGCGGGGCUUCUACAUCUGUGACCAACCCUAUGAGCCAGUCAGUCCUAACAGCUGUAAGGAGAGUCCCUGCGUCCUGCUCUACAUUCCCGACGGCCACACUAAGGAGAUGCCAACUGCCGGCUCCAAGGACAAGAGCAAGAGCCAGGCCUCCAGCAGCACACCCGCCACCAAAGCCCCUUCACCCUCUGCCCCAGCCCCAGCCCCAGCCCCAGCCCCAGCCUCAGCGUCUGACCUCUUCUCAAGCAUCGUAGCGCAGGGUGAAGCUGUCCGCCAGCUAAAGGUUGCCAAAGCUCCUAAGGAUGAAGUGGACAAGGCUGUUCAGCAGCUUCUCUCUCUCAAGGCGCAGUUUAAGCAGCAAACCGGUGUGGACUACAAGCCAGGCAUGACUCCUCCUACAUCUGACCCGGCCCCACCUACCUCUUUGUCAGACUCUACCUCGUGUCCUUACACCCGCGUUUCCCAGCAGGGUGAGCUCGUCAGGAAACUGAAAGCAGAGAAGGCUCCUAAGGACCAGGUUGACGCUGCAGUGAAGCAGCUCCUCGCUCUCAAGGCAGAGUUUAAAAAGCUGACCGGUCAGGAUUACAAACCAGGAAUGGUCGCGGCCUCCUCCUCUUCCUCCUCCUCUUCUUCAACUCCGUCUGCGACCUCCUCCACCACUUCCCCUCCCCCUUCUUCUUCUUCUUCUUCUUCUUCUUCUACACCUACUUCCGCGGGCCUGUACGAGCGUGUCGCACAACAGGGGGAAGUCGUGAGGAAACUGAAGUCUGAAAAAGCUCCCAAGGACCAGGUAGAUGCUGCAGUGAAACAGCUGCUUGCCCUGAAGGCAGAGUACAAACAGACGACUGGUCAGGAGUACAAGCCUGGAGCGGCCCCGGCUCAGAAGGCCCCGGCUCAGAAGGCCCCAGCUCAGAAGGCCCCAGCUCCGGUCCAGAGCAGCCCCAGCCCUGUCCCUGCCGCCUCUGGCCUCUACGGGAAGGUUUCUGAACAGGGAGAAGUGGUCAGGAAACUGAAGGCUGAAAAAGCUCCUAAAGAUCAGGUCGACGCUGCGGUGAAGCAGCUUUUGGCUCUGAAGGCAGAGUACAAACAGCAGACUGGACAGGAUUACAAACCAGGUGCGCAAGCCCCAACAAGCCCCCCUCAGACUCAGACCACCUCUGCAUCCAACCAGUCCAGCUCUUCCCCACAGGCCCAAGAACUGUUCUCACAGGUUGCCCAACAGGGAGAGCUGGUGAGAAAGCUGAAGUCUGAGAAGGCCCCUAAGGACAAGGUGGACGAAGCUGUGAAGACUCUACUGGACAUGAAGAACAAGUACAAGACUCUCACCGGAGAGGACUACAAACCGGUGGCAGCUGCUGGAGCCACCGGAGGAGAGGACAAAAACCGCAAGGAGAGGGAGAACAAGUCUGAGAAACAAGGGGGAGGAGGAGGCGGGAAGAAGGCUAAAGGAGACAAGGCCGGGCAGGGCAAGGAGUCGUCAGGAGGAGCAGGAGGCUCAGGAGAGGGUCAAGGACCCAAGAAACAGACACGGUUGGGCUUGGAGGCUAAGAAAGAAGAGAACCUGUCUGAUUGGUACUCUCAGGUCAUCACUAAAGCGGAGAUGAUUGAGUACUACGACGUUAGCGGCUGCUAUGUGCUGCGUCCGUGGGCCUUCUCCAUCUGGGAGUCCAUUAAGGAGUUCUUUGACCGAGAAAUUAAGAAGAUGGGUGUGGAGAACUGCUACUUCCCCAUGUUCGUCUCUCAGGCUGCUCUUGAGAAGGAAAAGUCCCACAUUGAAGACUUUGCUCCUGAGGUCGCCUGGGUAACACGGUCAGGAAAGACAGAGCUGGCAGAGCCCAUUGCUGUCAGACCCACCAGUGAGACGGUGAUGUACCCAGCCUACGCAAAGUGGGUUCAGUCCCACAGAGACCUGCCAAUCAAGCUCAACCAGUGGUGUAACGUUGUGAGAUGGGAGUUUAAACAUCCCCAGCCGUUCCUGAGGACAAGAGAGUUCCUGUGGCAGGAAGGACAUACAGCCUUCGCCACAAAAGAGGAGGCAGCUGAGGAGGUGUUGCAGAUCCUGGAUCUGUACGCCAGGGUGUAUGAAGAGCUGAUGGCGAUCCCCGUGGUGAAGGGGAGGAAGACGGAGAAGGAGAAGUUUGCCGGAGGAGAUUAUACAACUACGGUGGAGGCUUUCAUCUCCGCCAGCGGCCGAGCCAUUCAGGGAGCGACGUCUCAUCAUCUGGGUCAGAACUUCUCCAGGAUGUUUGAGAUUGUGUUUGAGGAUCCUAAGAGGCCUGGCGAGAAGCAGCUGGCUUUCCAGAACUCCUGGGGAAUCACGACCAGGACCAUUGGUGUCCUCACCAUGGUCCAUGGAGACAACAUGGGACUCGUGCUGCCGCCCAAAGUGGCCUGUCUGCAGGUUGUCAUCAUCCCAUGUGGUCUCACUGCAUCCCUGCCAGAGCAGGAUAAGGAGGCGCUGUUAGUCCAGUGUUCCAAAUACCUGAGCAGGCUGCAGGAAGCUGGAAUCCGAGUGAAGACCGACCUCAGAGACAACUACUCCCCAGGCUGGAAGUUCAACCACUGGGAGCUCAAGGGCGUUCCGAUCCGCGUGGAAGUGGGCCCUAAAGACAUGCAGCAGCACCAGUGUGUCGCAGUGAGGAGGGACUCGGGCGCAAAGGUGACGAUUCCAGAGGCGGAGGUGGAGAAGAAGCUAGUGGCCAUGUUGGAGGACAUCCAGAACAGCCUGUUCAACAAAGCUUCAAAUGACCUGAAAACUCACAUGGUGGCUGUGGACACAAUGGAACAGUUCCAGAAAGAGCUGGACCAGGGCAAAAUUGUCCAGAUCCCGUUCUGUGGAGGCAUUGAAUGCGAGGACUGGAUCAAGAAAACCACUGCCAAGGACCAGGAUCUGGAGCCCGGUGCCCCAUCCAUGGGAGCCAAGAGUCUCUGCAUCCCCUUCUCUCCCCUGAAGACCCUGCAGCCCGGCCAGAUGUGUGUCAGUGGCAAGGAGGCGGCACAGUACUACACACUGUUUGGUCGCAGCUACUGAACACCUGCUCCUCUGAAGCAAGACAAAGAACUCAGUAGAAAAGGGCUUCCCCACCUUCUGUUACCAGUUUUUGUUAUUGUUUUUUUCAUUACAGAUCUCUUGUAGGUGUCUUGUAGGUGAAUAAACUGCAGGUUUUCAGUACGGGAAGUUAUGUUUUAACAGACAUUAACAUUGUUAUGAAGCAUAGGGAAGGAGGUGAAGGAAAAACAACUAGUUUACUCUUCUAAUUCUGUUAUUAUCCGUUAUUACGGCCCCUUGAAUGGAUUUAUUGACUGAAGGAUGGAAAUAACUACAACCUCUAAUGUGUCAUCCUCUAGAGUCCUAAAUAUGGCUAAUGACGUAAUAGUAGCUAGUGGAUUUGGAAACCCAUUUAUCUAUAUUUCUAUAUAACUCCUGACUUAAAAAAAAAGUCACAUUUUGUAUUAAUUUCACAUGUUUUGGUAAGGAUUUAUUCAUUUGGUGGGUUUGGGCCUUUUGAAAUCAUGAAAACUCUCAACAAAAAAGAAACAAGCAAUUUAAAAAUAAUAAUAAUCCAGUACUAUCAGUGGAAAAGUAAUCUCAGCCUGCCAACAGUCCCAUUUUACAGCCACGCUGUCUCAGGAACUUAGCGGGCUUGUACUCAGGCUUGCAGUCAGGGUGUCGCUGUCGCAGCUUUGUCAGCCCUGCUCCAUCUGUACGGUUGCAGUAUGCAGCUCGUGGUCCACAGCUGAAGGCAAAUCUUUCAGCUCCCCCAGAGCCAAGUUACGCAUAACUGUGACAAACUAUAUAUAUAUAUGGUUAAUAGCCAGUGAUGUAGCCUUCUGUCACUUCUCUCAAUGAAAGAACUCUGCAACUUGUCUGUAAUAAAGUCAUUUCCACGGUAAA